AUGUGGCGUGCCUGCAAGAAGCAAAAGAACAUAAGUAAAGAUGUUCAGGAUGGUAUGGUGGCUAUAGGGAGGGCGCACGAGGUGAUUCGCAGCAACUUGCGUUUUAUCCCUGAGCCGUUUAAAAAUCCUGAGCCUCAUACUCUAAGUAUGGAUACGUCAAACUCGAAUCCUGGUACGCCAAAGAAAGGAACUCAAGAGUUUGUUAAGGGAAGCGAUAUAACUGAUAGAAAACGCCCCAGAGAGAUCGAAAGUCCGGAGGCAAGUCUUCAGAAGGAAACUCCAGUGGAAAAGAGGGUUAAGUGCAAGGAAGCUCCAGCGCAAAACCCUAUACUUCCAAAGGGAAGUGAAAAGAUGGCCUCAGGGGAGACUUAUGGUUCAGUCACCUCAAGGAAUGCAUCGGCAGAAUCUGACGAAUUUAAAGUAGUCAGCAGAGGAAACAAAGGACCUCUAAAGAAGAAGCCUGCAGGAAAGAAAAAUGAGCUCCCCAAACAUCAUUUGAAGCUUAGGACAACGGAAGCAAUUAAGAUUUCAGCGAAAGACCCAAAGGCUUACAACGAAAUCCUAAAAAAGGCGUUUGCAGCCGUAAAACCAGAAGAAUCUGGAAAUGAGGUCCUUCAGAUCAGGAGAACUUUUAAUCAGGAGGCCCUGAUCGUGGUAAAAAAAGGAAAAGAGAUCUUGAAAUUUACAGGAGCUCUUGCUUCAGUUUUAAAAACUGAAGCCGAGGUUAUAUCUCUUGUGAAUAAAAGAACUCUCGAGAUAAAAGGACUUGACGAAACAGCGACAAGUGAAGACGUUGUUUCUGCCGUGAGGACAAAGCUGGAAAAGCCUGACCUGGACAUAGAGUGCAGACUUUUGCCACGUUUUAGUGGUACAAAAGUUGCGUUGGUCCGCCUGACUGAAGCGGAGAGCGAUUCUCUGCUAAAAGUGGGCAAAAUAAAAGUAGGAUGGAUAAAUGCUGCAGUCAGAAAGCAUUUAGAGGUAGCAAGAUGCCAAAAGUGUCUUGUUUACGGACACGUGACUCGAAAUUGCAAGGGCCCCGACAGAACUAAAAGCUGUCGGAGAUGCGGCGGUGAGGGUCAUAUCGCAAAGAAUUGCUCUGUCAAACAGCCUAAGUGUUUGACGUGCUCUGACUUGGCUAAGACAGACGUCAACCUGCACACGUGCAGAGAGGCACAGGCCCUUCUGACGCAGACGGCCAGGGAAAAGGGUAUCGACAUUCUGUUCUGCAGCGAGCAAUACAGAAAAAUCGACCUAGGUUCCUGGUAUCAAGAUAAGUCGGGUAGGGCAGCUGUCCAGGUGUGCAAUCCCGAACUGAGGGUUGACAGAUACCUGGAGACGAGCAGUGGAUUUGUCUGGGUGGAAGUUGGAGACAUACGAAUGUAUAGCUGCUACUUUUCGCCUAAUGAUCCACUGACGGACUUCGAAACCGACAUGGAAGAACUCGAAUCGAGCCUUAGAGAAUCCAGGUUGGAUGUAUUUGUCACUGGCGAUUUUAAUGCUAAGUCGCCGGAGUGGGGCGAGUCAAGGUUCGAUAAAAGAGGCAAAGUGAUCGGAGAAAUGGUCUCCAGAAACAGUUUAAUUACUGUGAACCGGGGAAGAGCUUGGACGUUCAGGAGGGGUGCAAUCGGAUCCAUCAUUGAUCUUACGAUAGCAUCAACUCCCUUAUUCAAACGCAUAAGCGACUGGCGAGUCUCUGAGGAGUAUACCGCAAGUGACCAUCAGUAUAUCGAGUUUUCGGUCUCAGUGGGAGACACAAGAGGAGGCAAAAGACAGGAAGUUCCGUGA